GAAAAAGGUAAAUGUCCCAAAACUUUUUUAGGAAUUGUAAAAUAUAACUGGGAAAUUGGUUUGUAGGGUUUUAUUUUUAUUUUAAGGAGCUUUGGUGGCAUGUGGGUUAAGUGCUUGUCAGCUAACCCACUCAGUGGCUCUUCAAGAAAAAGGCCAUCUGCUCCCAUAAAUAUUACAGCCUAGAAUAUACUAUGGAGCAGUUCUACUCUGUGACAUGGGAUUGCUAUGAGUUGAAAAUCAACUGGAUGGCAUCUAACUACAACAUUUUUUUUUUUGUUGUUGUUGAGUAGAGAGGCUGUUAGCAAAUUUUAAAGCUAUAGGAAAAUCAAACUCAACUAGGAUUUUUAUCAGUCAUUUACUUUUUGCUUUUGCUGAUAGGAUAUAUGAAAGUGCUUAAAGUGAAGAACUGAACUUGUUUAAGGGAAACUCUUAAACCUUAAACUCCUAAGAAUAACAUAUUUUGAGAAGACUAUUAGUUCUUUCAAACCAAUUAAAAUCAGUUUGGUCAAAGUCACAGUUCUAGUGUGUGAAAAUGUCAGAAAAGGUAGUUGAAGAUGCAAGUUUUGUAAGUGACUUUCUGCCAUACAUUUCAUACCCUUCCCCCAAUACUAAAUUUGUCCAUCCAAAGAAUACCUUGUGCCCUGAGAGAAAUCAGCCAAAACCACAUCACCAAUUAAUCUUCGUAAAUAUCUCAAAAGAAAUUUUCUUGACUUGUAAUUUUGUAAGUACAAAUUACUGUUCUUAUUUUUCAGAUGCCAACCUUGGGACAAUAUGACUCUGACUUUUAUCAAUCUCAUUAUACCAUUGAUAAUCAGGAGCAGAGUUGCAAUGAUUCUAAUGCCUAUGAUUAUCUUUAUGCAUCUAGAAAACAACAAGGAAGUGAGCAGCCUCCGCCUGCCUCUUUUUUUCCACCAGAGAUGCUGACACCAUCAGGUUACACAGGACAAUUUUUUCAACCAAUAUCCACCCCAGAUUAUUAUUCACAAUCUCCUUACAUUGACAGUUUUGAUGAAGAGCCUCCUUUGCUAGAAGAACUUGGAAUCAAUUUUGAUCACAUUUGGCAAAAAACCUUGACAGUGUUAAACCCACUGAAAUCAGCAGAUGGCAGCAUUAUGAAUGAAACAGAUCUUGCUGGUCCCAUUCUUUUUUGCCUCGCCCUGGGAGCCACCCUGCUUAUGGCAGGGAAAGUUCACUUUGGCUAUGUGUACGGCAUGAGUGCCAUUGGCUGCAUUGGGAUCCAUGCCUUACUGAACCUGAUGAGCUCUUCAGAGGUGUCCUAUGGCUGUGUGGCAAGUGUGCUUGGUUACUGCUUGCUCCCCAUGGUCAUCCUGUCCAGCUGUGCCAUCUUCUUUUCACUGCAGGGAGCCAUUGGAACCGUGUUGGCACUGGUCAUCAUUGGCUGGUGUAGCCUCUCAGCUUCUAAAAUCUUCAUUUCGUCCUUGGCCAUGGAAGGACAACAGCUUCUCAUUGCCUACCCUUGUGCCUUACUUUAUGGACUUUUUGCCCUCUUAACUAUUUUCUGAAAGUGCUGUAAGUGUCCUUACAAGAUUAUUCUGGAAAUGCUCUCUAAUUCAAAUUUUGUCAUAUGAUUUCUGUUAUAUUGCUGUUAAGAAAACAAUAAGCAGAGAGACAAAAAAGCACUUAAGGAUGGUGCUCUAACAGCGUAUUAGGUUUGAAAGAUGGUUUGCUUUUUGGUGUGGUGCAUUGAAACAUUGUAAACAUUUUACUUUAAAAUAAAAUUUAAUUAAAAUGUUCAUUUUUUCCCAUAACUCUUAAUGUAGGGAUAUAGUUGUGCUGAUGAACCUUGUUUUGCUCAAUGUAUUUCUGAGAAAUUGUAAGUAAAUAAAAUCAUAUGCUAUUUAAAAGAAAUCUACAGUAAGCCUCUGAGAAACCAUCAGGCAGCUCAGAUAUAUGCACGUUGUUAAAAUCUCAUUGCCUAGAAGCUUUGGAGACUAGCGGGGGUGGAUUAUGUAGGGUUGUUUUUGUUUUUAUUCUUUUUUUUUAACUCAAGGAUUCAAAGAACCUCUGAUCUUUCAAUUCACUUACUUUAAGAACUGCCUCUUUGGAUGCAUUCAGACAAUUCAUUGAAUCUGCACUUUUUCAA